GAAGAAAGUGGAUUUCAUAUUUCCGUUAAAAACAUUACCCAAAGCAUGUUAGAAAAACAAAAAACAAAAACAAAAGUCAAGGAUACUUCUUCAAUAAAGAAGUUCGAAUUUACGUUAUACAAUAUUAAGGAUGUUAGUAAAUCUAUUGAUACAUUUUCAUGUAAAGAUAUAGUUUAUUAUAAACGAUGUUGUUAUUCUUUAGCAAUAUCUAAUCGUAUAAACAGUGAUAAAGAACGUCUUGUUGCUUUAUCUUGUUUUGAUGAACGUGAAAUGCUUUACGAAAAACCUAAUCAAAUGUAUGGUAAUGACGAAGAAAAUUGGGAAAAUAAACCUCAAAAUAGUGAUGUUAAAAUACAACUAUUAAAAGAUAAAACAGUAAUCAUAGUAGUUAAUACAUCAGGAAUCUACAAACGAACCUUAAAUAAUGAUAAAAUUAUAUUUAAACAAACAUUUUUAAAUGCAUCAUUUGACAAGAUUGAAAAAUUCCAAUUACCUCAACAACUUUUAAUUAGCCUUUUACGUGAGAAAAAAAAUGCAAAUGUAUCAAAUGCAUUAGACCUCUUACAUACGAGUAUCAUUAAAAGUUAUUUUAUGGUACAUUCAUUUAGAAAUCGGCACAAUAUCAUUGAAAUGUAUAGUUUAAUUACUGGUGAUCUAGAGAUGUUAUUUGAACGUCAUGAAUCUUCAGCAGCUCCCAACGUAAUUCGUAGUUCUCCAAUCUUUGCCAUCUCUCAGAAUGAAGAAAUUUUAGCAUUUUGUCGGGGAACCACCAGCAUUACGUUAUUCUUAAUAGAAAAUGGUUUAGAAAUUACCACCAAACAAUUAGAAGGUCGCAGAGGAAGAAUUUAUAAAAUUGUGACUAUAGAAUUUAUUGAUAAUGAUAGUAAACUUUUAAUAGCUCUUGAAGAAGAAACCGAAAAUUUAUCAG